UUCUGGUUUAUGUAUAUUUUUUUUGGGUUUCUCAGAUGUUUUUGCUUGCUUUUGUUUUUUGAAAUUUUGCUGGCCUUCUGAAAUUAUUUUUCUUCAAUGUCUAUGAACUUCAUUAGCUGCUGCUUUGUUCUUUUCUUCUAUUUCUUCUUUUAAUGAUGGCUGUUUUGGUUUAACUUUAUCAUACUUAUGGAAGGAAAAUAAAAAGAAAAAGAUUUUUUUCUUCCAUUUUUUGAUAUUGAAAGAUUACUUCUCUGGUAUUCUGGAAAACAGAGGACAAAUGAAGAUAGCAAAAAAACUUUUGGAUUUUUCAUGGCUUUACAGUUUGUUUUUGCUUUCUACACUUGAAAAGUCUCGUCUUUUGUCUCCACCAGGCCAUACACUGAGUAAGCAAUAACCAUAGAGGAUGCUAUUUUUAAUAGCUUCUGCACAGUCAGAUCCUAAGAGCAGAUCGUGUCUUUGGACUCUCUUCUUUGCAGCUUCUUUGAUUUGUAGUGCUUACUUCAUUGGUAGUUCAUCCUUUGGAAGUGAAUAUAAAGAUAGAUUGACAAGAUGGCAAGUCAGUGAGACAAUGCAGAGUACAACAUCCAACAAAUGCAAGGAUCAUUGCAGGCCUUCUGGAAGUGAGGCAUUGCCCCAAGGAAUUGUUAGAAAAACAUCAGACUUUGAAAUGCGGCCUUUAUGGAAAAAUUCCAUGAAAGAUAACAAGCCAAAGCCUUCAAUGAACUUAUUAGCACUUGCAGUUGGAAUUAAGCAAAAAGAACAAGUGGACCAAAUUAUUAAGAAGUUUCCUCUAAGUGAAUUCAUUGUGAUGCUUUUUCAUUAUGAUGGUUUUGUGGAUAAAUGGAGGGAUUUGCCAUGGAGUGAUCAUGUCAUCCAUGUGUCUGCAGUGAAUCAAACAAAAUGGUGGUUUGCAAAACGAUUUCUGCAUCCAGACAUAGUUGCUGAGUAUGACUACAUAUUUCUCUGGGAUGAAGACCUUGGAGUUGAGAAUUUUAAUCCAAGACGAUAUCUGUCAAUUGUUAAGGAUGAGGGACUCGAAAUAUCACAGCCAGCCCUCGAUCCUGCCAAGUCAGCAGUAUCCCAUCCAAUUACUGCACGUCAACCAAAAUCAAAGGUGCACAGAAGGAUUUAUAAAUUUAAAGGCAGCGGAAGGUGUUAUCACAACAGCACUUCUCCUCCUUGUAUAGGGUGGGUGGAAAUGAUGGCACCUGUCUUCUCUAGGGCAGCUUGGCAAUGUGUAUGGAAUAUGAUCCAGAAUGACUUGAUCCAUGCCUGGGGCUUGGAUUUCCAGCUGGGCUAUUGUGCGCAGGGUGAUCGAACAAAAAAUGUCGGUGUCGUUGAUUCUGAGUACAUAGUUCAUCUGGGUCUUUUAACUCUUGGUGUCUUCAAUGGAACUGAGGCGCCGUCAGAGUCCCGUAUAGUUGAUAACAGAUUAGCGGUAAGAAAACAGUCCUCCAUUGAAAUGCAGAUUUUCCGGGAUAGAUGGAGAAACGCCGUAAAGGAAGACAAAUGUUGGGUAGAUCCAUUUCAACACUCAGAAAACCAGACUAGGAUUUAAAUUUGAUUCCACUAAAGCCUUCAACUUGGGCAUCAUGUGAAGGUUGGCGGUCACAUUUAUUCAUAACAGCAACAGAUACUUGUACACACACCAUCCAUACAAGCUUUUCAUGGGAAAUAUCUCAAAACAGCUGAAGUCAAGUAUAUCAAUUACUAAAGGAGAUUGAGAUUGUGAAUUUAUGAUUUCCUGGCUGCUUCUCCAUAGCUAGUGCUGAUCAUAUGUGGAUGAUCUCAGAGGUGUGGAACAGCCAUUUCAGAACUCUUUUUUUUUUAUCCUUCAAAUGAGAACUGGCAGAUAUGCCUCGUGUGAAUUUUUUGAAUAGUGUAAAUACAAUUUAAUUUUGAAACUUAUGUAAAUUAUUUUCUUUGAA